AAAUUCCGAUCAAAAAAACGGCAAAAAUAAAAAAAUACAAUACCUAAUGGCUGCUUCUUCUGCUUCUUGCCAAUCCCACAUUUCUUCUUCUACUACUAUCUGCAAACCCUUUUCUGCCUCUCGUUUGCCCUUGAAGUUCAACCAAUUUACAGCUUUACGAUCACCUCCUUCUUCCAAUACUAGAUUUUCAGUCUCUUGCACUUUGACCAAAGAGGCGGCUGUGAAGAUGGAGGAGAAGGAGGAUUCUGAUCCUUCUCUGUGGCUGAGGCCUGAUUCUUAUGGGCGGUUUGGUAAAUUUGGUGGUAAGUAUGUGCCUGAAACCUUAAUGUAUGCACUCUCUGAGCUUGAAUCCGCUUUCGUUUCCCUCAAAGAUGACUCUGAUUUUCAGAAAGAACUAGAUGGGAUUUUGAAAGACUAUGUCGGUAGGGAAACUCCUCUUUAUUUUGCUGAGCGACUUACAGAGCAUUAUAAGCGUCCUAAUGGUGAAGGGCCGCACAUUUACCUCAAGAGAGAGGAUCUAAACCACACGGGGGCACAUAAGAUCAAUAAUGCCAUUGGCCAAGUUUUGCUUGCUAAACGUUUGGGCAAAAAGCGUAUAAUUGCUGAAACUGGAGCUGGUCAGCAUGGAGUUGCUACUGCUACAGUAUGUGCAAGGUUUGGUUUGCAGUGUGUCAUCUAUAUGGGUGCCCAGGAUAUGGAAAGACAGUCACUUAAUGUUUUCAGGAUGCGGCUUCUUGGGGCUGAGGUUAGAGGAGUCCAUUCUGGAACAGCCACACUGAAGGAUGCUACAUCUGAAGCUAUACGGGAUUGGGUGACUAAUGUGGAGACAACCCAUUAUAUUCUGGGAUCUGUUGCUGGGCCACAUCCAUAUCCAAUGAUGGUCCGAGAGUUCCAUAAGAUUAUUGGUAUUGAAACAAGAAAACAAGCAAUGGAAAAAUGGGGUGGAAAGCCUGAUGUUCUGGUUGCUUGUGUUGGUGGAGGUUCCAAUGCCAUUGGACUUUUUGAGGAUUUUCUUAACGACAAGGAUGUUAGGUUGAUUGGUGUGGAGGCUGCAGGUUUAGGCUUGGACAGUGGUAAACAUGCAGCUACUUUGACCAAAGGAGAAGUUGGGGUCCUGCAUGGAGCUAUGAGCUACUUAUUACAAGAUGAUGAUGGUCAAAUAAUUGAACCUCAUUCUAUUAGUGCAGGGUUGGAUUACCCUGGAGUUGGACCUGAACAUAGUUUUCUGAAAGAGAAAGGACGUGCUGAAUACUACUCUGUGACAGAUGAGGAAGCAUUGGAAGCAUUCAAGAGAUUAUCACGAUUAGAGGGCAUAAUCCCUGCUCUGGAGACAUCUCAUGCAGUUGCUUAUUUGGAGAAGCUCUGCCCAACUCUUCCAAAUGGAACUAAGGUUGUCCUUAACUGCAGUGGCAGAGGGGAUAAGGAUGUUCAGACUGCCCUCAAAUUUCUGCAACUUUGAUGAUGAUGACUCAUUUGACAAUAAAGGAGUUACUCAUAUUGUAAGUUUGAGAGUUCUUUUCCUUUCAAGACUUGAAAGGAUGUAUUUAUUGAAUGAUUGGGACCAAAUCAAUUUCCCGGGGAGUUGAGUUGCGAACACUUAGCUGAAUUUCUGGAUUUUAUGUAAGAGUUUGUGUUUGAUGAAUGUGCUGGAACAUGCAUUAAUCACAAAUUGGUUUAGAGCAUAUUUCAUAUCUUUUUUGUUGAAAGAAAAUAUGUAGAUUGUUGUUACUUGGUUUGUUUAUGAGUAUUGAAAGGAAAACUUAUAUGAUGCAGUUUUAUUUUAUUUUUA